AUGGAUAUCGAAUUUGCUCGUCAGAAAGGUUUUGAGCUUAAGCCUGUCGCUCGACCUAUACCAAUCCGCAACGCAGACGGAUCUUGCAAUCGUGCUGGUUCUGUUACGCAUUACGUAGAGCUGGUCUUAACCAUUCAGGGUCACAAGGAGGUACUCCCUGUGCCACCUGCGUCUUUGGGCUCCUGUCCCCUGUUUAUUGGUUAUGACUGGUUGGAAUUCCACAAUCCUAGCGUCAAUUGGCGGCAUCAUACUCUGGAGUUCAGCCGCUGCCCGUCCUCUUGCGGGACACUGCAUGAGGAUGAGGACAUCGAUGUCUGGGAGGAUGAAGGAUUAGAAGAAGGAGAUCACAUCUUUGCGCUGGAUAUAGCCGCUUAUAGCUCCGUUUGGGAGGAAGAGCUGGCUUUUCGUCAUGCUAUGCAUAUACGCGCAUUUAAAACCAAGGCAUCUGAGAUAGCCGAACAAGAAGCGAAGCGUCAAAAAGAUCAAACAUUCGCAGAACAAGUCCCAUCACCUUAUCACGACUUCAAGGACGUCUUUAGUAAAGAACACUUCGACAAACUACCAGAAAGGACUCCUUACGACCACGCUAUCGAAUUCACGUGCGACUUCAAGCCUGUUAUGGGCAAAGUCUACCCACUAUCUCCUGCAGAACAAAAGGAGUUAGACGCCUUCCUUAAGGAGAACUUGCUAUCGCAACGCAUACGACCUUCUAAGUCACCGAUGGCCUCACCGUUCUUCUUUAUCAAGAAAAAGGAUGGCACGUUACGCCCUGUUCAGGAUUACCGCAAGCUCAACGACAUGACCAUCAAGAACCGUUAUCCUCUUCCCCUUAUUCAAGAGCUCUUAGACAAGCUCAAGGGCGCUCGCAUCUUCACCAAGCUCGAUAUUCGGUGGGGAUACAACAACGUCUGUAUCAAAGAGGGAGACAAAUGGAAAGCUGCAUUCCGCACCAACCGUGGCCUGUUUGAGCCACUCGUCAUGUUCUUUGGUCUUACCAAUUCGCCUGCGACGUUCCAAGCUAUGAUGAACACCUUGCUCAAGGACCUGAUAGAAGAAGGACACGUCAUGGUCUACCUAGACGAUAUUCUUAUCUUCACCGAGUUGCUCGAUGAGCAUAGACGCAUUACUCGCCAAGUACUGCAGAUUCUCCGUGACAAUCACUUGUACCUCAAGCCGGAGAAAUGUAGUUUCGAGCAGAGCUCUAUCGAGUACUUAGGCAUCAUCGUGGAAGAAGGCACCUUUCGCAUGGACCCUGCAAAGGUCGCUGCCAUCCGUGAUUGGAUUACGCCUACAAAGAAGAAAGAUGUUCAGUCCUUCAUCGGCUUCUGCAACUUCUAUCGCCGCUUUAUUCAGGACUUCAGCAAGAUCGCACGACCGCUACACAACCUUACGAAGAAGGAUGCGCCUUGGCACUGGGGAAGUGCCCAGCAGCAAGCGUUUGACGCUCUCAAGGACAAGAUCACGUCCGCACCCGUCCUCGCUAUGCCUCGAGAUGAAGGACAGUAUAGGGUAGAAGCUGAUGCUUCCGACUAUGCUGUAGGAGCCGUGCUAUCGCAGUUACAAGAUGGCGCAUGGCAUCCUAUUGCCUUCCUGAGCAAGACGCUAAACGCUGCUGAACGCAAUUAUGAAAUCUACGACAAGGAGAUGUUGGCUAUUAUGACCGCAUUAGAGGAAUGGAGGCAUUACCUUCUGGGAACAGCAGAGCCUUUUGAUAUCUGGACAGACCAUCAGAACCUCACGUACUUCCGUGAAGCUCGCAAGCUUAAUCGCCGUCAAGCCCGCUGGUUCACCGAGUUGCAGGACUACUACUUCGUCCUUACACACCGGCCAGGCAAAACGAUGGGCAAGCCAGAUGCUCUUUCCCGUGACGCCGUGAGAAACGAAGGCUUGCAUGACAACGAGAACGUUGUGCUCCUUAAGCCUGAGUUAUUCCGGCUACUCCUCAUUCAAGCAACGGUUGUAGACAUCCAAGGCAUGGAUCAUACGUUCUUUGAACGUAUUCGCGACUCCGAAGCUGCUGUAGACGACAAGGUAUCCAAAGCUCUUGCUGAGGAUAAGCAGCAUCUACGUUGGAGUCAGCGUGAGGACGGAGUUAUCAUCUCAGGAACAGCCCUAUACGUGCCGCGCGACGAUACUUUACGCGCAGACAUCCUUAAAGCACAUCAUGACACACCUAUGGCUGGUCACCCAGGCGAGAUGAAGAUGUACAACUUGAUCCGUUCAAACUACUUUUGGCCAGGACUUCGGCACGACGUUAAGCGUUACACUAAGUCGUGUUCAGUCUGCCAAACGGUCAAGAUUGAUCGUCAACCACGUCACGCUCCGUUACAUCCCCAUGAUCCGCCUACCGCUCCCUGCGAGGUUAUUGGUGUAGACUUCAUUGGCCCACUACCUGAAUCCGAAGGCCAGAACAUGAUUUGCGUCAUCACCGACCAUUUCACAAAGUUCGUCAUCUAUACACCUUGCCUCAAUACCAUCAACUCGGAGCAAUUGGCACGUCUAUACAACGAACACCUCUAUGGGAUCUUCGGCAUGCCUCGCCAUGUUAUAUCCGAUCGAGGAUCUGUCUUUGUGUCUGAGUUCACUCGCACGCUCAUGAAAAUCCACGGCAUUGAGGGAAAUCCAUCAACCGCAUAUCACCCUCAAACCGAUGGUCAGACCGAACGACAGAACCAAGAGAUUGAGGCAUACCUACGCAUAUGGGUAUCUCACCAUCAGGACGACUGGGUUCGCUGGUUACCAGACGCGCAGUUUCGGUAUAACAACUUGGUGCACUCCGCUACGGGUCAUUCCCCUAUUCAAGCCCUUACGGGUAGAGAACCGUACUCGGGAUACAACCCUCGUGUGCAAACCAACAUGCCGAAUUUGGAAGCGUUAGCCGAGCAACGUAACCGCAUCCAGGAGGAAGUUAGCGCUGCAUUAGCCGAGUCCAAACGGCUGAUGAAGGAACAGUAUGACAAACACAUCGCCAAAGAACAUCCAUACCAGAUUGGCGAUUAUGUUUGGCUCAGCGCUAAGAACCUCAAGUCUGAUCGGCCUAUGAAGAAACUAGACGUCUUGCGCUACGGCCCCUUCAAGAUCCUUAAACGGAUCGGGCCCUCCGCCUACAAAUUACAAAUACCCCCAACAUGGACACAAAAGGGUAUUCACGACGUCUUCAAUGAAGUUCUUCUUAUGCCUUUCAUCGGUCCUGCCUUCCCAAACCAAGUCAACGUCAAACCUCAACCUCCGGAUAUCUUCUAUAGGGAUGAUGUCCCAGAAGAAGAAUACGAGGUUGAAGAGAUACUGGACUCGCGGAAACGCGGACGUACUGUCCAGUACUUGACAAAGUGGACGGGAUACUCAGAUCUCUGGAACUUGUGGGAGGAUUGGGAUGACUUGACGCAUGCUCGGGAUAAAGUCUUAGAAUUCCAUGAGAAAUACCCGAGGAAACCCAAACAUGCGUCUCUUCAAGCCCAGCGACGUUCCACAAGGCGUUAA